CCUUUCCUUCAUUAGAAGCCAAGACAACAAGCAGAGCGAUAUUCACACAACGAAAGCGGUGAUGUUUCGGAGGCAAGUGAGACUGUCGUGAAUUGUUUGGCAAACCACCACGGAACCCUGUACACGGAUUUCAGACCUGUUUGGUGUCUACCCAUGUUGCCGUCGAGCUGUACAGGGUUGAACGUUUUGAAUGAGUUGUUCUCGUUAUCAUUCCGGACCAUAUGUUGAGAAACCCGGGGGGGAAGAAAAAAGGAAACGGCAGUUUAGGAGGCUGUCUGGACCGGAGGACGAAGUGGCUAAUAGCUAAUAGUAACUCAGAGCCGCGGUGCCAAGAGGGAUAUUCACACUCAACGUGACAUAGCUGACAAAUAGGACACGGAACAGAAGGAUAAUCUGGCCAAGGAUAACCGGGACAAUCUCCUGGCAUCGAGAAGAAGAUAAGUUGGUGUGAAGAUAACGAUAGACUACGGCGACGUUGGCCAAUUCUGUCAUCCUUUAAAAAAAAAGAAACAGAAAACAAGCGUCCAGCCGCCGUGCAGUGUUUUGAGGAUGAACCACUUAUCCAUCAGUGAGCUAUGCUGCCUCUUCUGCUGUCCGCCGUGCCCCAGCAAGAUUGCCUCUAAGCUGGCCUUCCUGCCCCCAGAGCCGACCUACAGCCUCAUGUGUGACGAGAGUGGCAGCAGAUGGACGCUGCAUCUCUCCGAGCGCGCUGACUGGCAGUACUCAGCCCGGGAAAAAGAUGCCAUCGAGUGUUUCAUGACACGCACGUCACGAGGGAACCGCAUUGCUUGCAUGUUUGUCCGCUGCUCGCCCAGCGCCCGGUACACUCUCCUGUUCUCUCACGGCAACGCAGUGGACUUGGGGCAGAUGAGCAGCUUCUACAUCGGCCUGGGUUCACGAAUCAACUGCAACGUCUUCUCGUACGACUACUCGGGUUACGGCGCCAGUUCUGGGAAACCUUCAGAGAAGAACUUGUACGCUGAUGUAGACGCUGCCUGGCAGGCACUUCGGUCACGGUAUGGCAUCCGUCCAGAGAAUGUGAUCGUGUACGGUCAGAGCAUUGGCACCGUGCCCUCCGUGGAUCUGGCUUCUCGCUAUGAGAGCGCUGCCGUCAUCCUCCACUCCCCGCUCACCUCUGGCAUGAGAGUGGCUUUCCCCGACACCAAGAAGACCUACUGUUUUGACGCCUUCCCAAACAUCGACAAGAUUUCCAAGGUGACGUCACCAGUGCUCGUGAUUCACGGUACGGAGGACGAGGUCAUCGACUUCUCCCACGGCCUGGCGCUGUACGAACGCUGCCAGCGCCCCGUCGAGCCGCUCUGGGUGGAAGGAGCCGGACACAACGACGUGGAGCUCUACGGACAGUACCUGGAGAGACUCAAACAGUUUGUGGCACAUGAGCUGGUCAACUUGUAGAGGAGCUGGAAGGAAGGGCGGAGAGGGAUGGGGAGAAGAAAGCGUUGAGGAGUGGCUGGUUGAUGGAAGAGGGGUACAACGUUUUCUUCUGUUUUGGUGAAGUGAUGCAGGUUGAAGUGGUGUCUGUCUGUGUAGUACUGACCUUAUGGUGGCUGACUCCUCACUAUCGAGCACCUCUCUCACCUCGGAGCUCCAGUUUGCCCAGGGCCUGCCCGCCCACUCCACUCCACUCCACAUGCUGCAGCUGUGAACUUAGAAGUACCCAUUAUUUUGUUUAGCUUUUAGAUUUUUUUUUUUAAUCAUGUCGAAAAUUGCACAUUGUGAAAGUGUGUGAAUGAAAGAGCAAGUAGACAUGCCCACAACAGGCAACAUACCAUGUGGACAUAUAUAUAUAUAUGACUGUGUGUGUGAAUGUGUCACAUUUUUGCUGCCUUUUGAGAAGGACAUGGUCUACGGUUCAUAACGGAGACCUCUUGUUAGCUCUUCAGCCGUUUGAGGUUCUAAGAAAAACAGCCUUUGUACAAACUAGUCUGGACCCGAGUCGCUCACAUCCAGCUGAACUCCAUCUGACUCUGAGGUCUGGUUUGGUCCUACACACUGCAGUCACCAUGGCAUCUUUUUUUGGAGUACUGUUUAUUAUAUUUUUUAUAUUCUACAUAAUAUUUGCACGUAUCAGCUGUCACUGAAGAACUGUACAUGACAAACUGACAUAUUACCUAGCUGUGCCAGUGUUGCCAAAUGUUUAGUAUAAUAUAUAGACUUAGGCACACGAAGAAGUGUACUUUUUCAGAUACCACCUAGUGACAUCUCCAAAGCUCGGUUGGCUGUACUCGAUCUUCUCUGUUUAGUUUUAAAGUGGUACAGUUUGAUGUUGCAGUCUAGAGGAAUAUGAUGCAGGAAUGAGGCUCAGUCUGCAGCUUAUGUAGCCGGUUGAAAGGCUGGGGUUGUAUAUCGUUGACCAACAAAGUGGGGGUUAUUUCCUCACACGCAACAAACGUUUCCACAGUUUAACUUGAAGUAUUGUUGCUGUAAGAUUAGUAUCACUACGCUGUAGGCGAUUAACUUGAUGUCUUCAGAGAAAAUGAUUGCUGGCCACAUCUGUGGACAAAAUAUCUCACUCCUUUUCAGAAAUACAUGUUCGCCUCAAUAGAAUAACGUAUCUGAAGCCCAUUGACGACAGUUUUUUUUUUUUUUUUUUUCCUGCCUUUGGAUUUGAAGAUAUCAAGUUAAAUAAUGUGUGUAGUUAUUAUAGAUCUCUCUAACGUACCAGGAUUAGGAUCUUUCUAUAGAUAAAUCUUUUUAUAUGAUAGAAAUGUAACUACUGAGACAGCAGUUAACGGUCAAUGCUCUGAUCAAGACUUAAACCACUAAUGCCAAUCAUGAUGAACGUUAUGAACACAGCUGGUAUCGACUUUAUUCGGUUCAGGAAGUUGUUUAAAAAAAGUUGUCAAUGUUGUAUUCCAAGUAGGGCUGGGCGAUAUGACCAAAAUUUUAUAUCCCGAUAUAGCUUAUUUUAUAUCCUGAUACGAUAUACAUCACGAUAUGGCAUAUUUUUCAGGUGAUAAAAACAGUUACUCGUAUUCGAGUCUGUUGUUGGGACCAGGCAGCGGCAUACCUUACAAAGUACAGUAGUCAGAUCCUUGUCGGUCUUUUUGAAUCCAAACCACCGCCAUAUGACAGAAGUUCCCCCUCUUUUAGGUACAAGCUCGUCGGUUUGAGCUGGUUGUUUGUCAUCUUGUUGUUUAGAAUGUUCUUCUGAGUCGAGUCCACCGUCUUCCUCCAUAGCUGUUUAUGUUUUAGCCGCAUGCAGUGUUGCCAACUCCUCAGCAAGGAAAGCUGCUGUUGGCUGUCCUAAAAGUCGCUAUAAGUCGCUAAAUGACACCAUCUCCUAAUUUGCACAUUUCCCAGUUUGCAUGUAAUUGUAAUCAACGUUGUAGGAGAGAGGAAUAACGUUGUGGAAGACACCAAAAAGUGAUUAUAAAACACCCAAAAUAUGUUUUUGUACUAGAGGAUAAAUACUGUGGUUUAUUUUAGUAUGACAGCGAAGAAACAUUUUCAUUUAUAUUCCGCUCUGUAAGUCUGGAUGGGAUCUGUAGUGACUUUGUGCAUGUACGGUUCAUCUGCCGUCUGGCCGCGGAGUGAUGUGGGUCUCCUCUAAUCAGACACUGGGACUGCUGCGGGGUUACUGGACUGACAGCCUGUGCUUUGGGAGGGGGAGAAGCUCACAGCAGCACCUGCUGCUCGUUGAAAACAGUAACAGCAGAGUGAUCCGAGUUUUCCUGUCAGUCUCCAAAACGGCAGAAAAAGUCGCUAGAUUUGUCGCUAGUCGCUUUUGACAAAAAAAGUCGCUAGGAUGCUUUGGAAAGUCGCUAGAGUUAGCGAGAAAGUCACUAAGUUGGCAACGCUGGCUUGCCGUAAGUCACGUCGGUGACGUAAAAUACUGCCGUAAAGCAUGUUUUGUGACACUGCGACGAUAGGAUCUUCACAUAAAAUGAUAGACAUUUUCUAUCGUCCAGACGAAAUCUAUCGUCAUAUCGUCCAGCCCUAAUUCCAAGUCGUUUAAGCAUUUCUUGCUGAAGAAUGAAUGGACAGUGGCUAUAUCUGUGUGAGCAGCUCAGCAUUAAAGGCGUCUGAGAUGGACAGGAUGUUUUGCUUUUUGUCUUAACUUUACCUUUCCAUCUGCAUGAGAUUUUUAAACCCAUUGUUGUAUGUUGAUUUGCCCUUUAAUGCUGAGUGGGGCAACACAAAGCAUCAGCGUGCUGGUGUCUCUGUUAGGCGCUAUCAGGGGCCUGAGAAGCAAAUGUCAAAGUGCUACUGCAUGCCACGAAUGGCUGCUUUCUCUAGAUGUUUUUGGCCUGCAUAACAAAGGCAGAAAUCUAUAAGAAUUCUUGAUGAAACAUUUUUUAGGGGUAUUUUUAAUACCUGUUUUAAACUUGAGCCUGUGUUCAGAAGGGGUCAAAUUUUGUUGUUUGGUGACAAUGAACCAAUAAGCCAAUGGGUGCUACUGUAAACCUUCAGGUCUGAUUAAUUACAUGUUGAGUGGAAUUGACCAAGAUCUAGAUCAAGAUCAGUAACUGUCAUGUGUCACUUGAUGGUCUAUUGUUAUGAAAACAUUUUGUCACAACUUAUUUGUCUUAUAAACAAGCUCAUGCUUUCCUUUAUUUUUACUUUGUAAAUAAUAUUUUUACUGGACAUGUCAUUUUUAUUUUAACUUUUGUCAUCUGUCAACUGUAUUUCUGCUAACUUCUCUAACUCUUGAUAUGACAAUUAGACCAAGGUAGGCCGGCAUUUCGGCUUUUCAGAUGACCUUUGUACUGGUCACCUUGACAAGUGUCAUCUCUGAUUUGAUUAGGUUAAUUUUGUAUAGCAUAUUUCAAUACGGAAGGAACCUAUAUGUAACAAAACGAAUAUAGUAAUUCUAACAUGGAUAGAGACAAUAAAAUGGUGUUUGACAAACAA